AUGAACACGCGAAUGGCACAACAACAGAUACAUAAUAGAGAUGAUCAUCAUCAUGGACCAAUCAUGAAGGUCCUCACCAAUCGAAUGUUGUUCAGGACAAUCAUCAAGGUGACAUUGCCCAAAGAGACAUACAGGAGGUUCAUCGCACACAUACUUAAUAGAGACAACAAGGUCAUAGUUGGCCUAUCAACCAAGUAUGAUCAAUGGGUAGAUGCUCAACAUAUAAUCAAUAACAAACAUUAUGGACUGUUGAGAGAUCGUAUCAAACGUAGACUUCACAUCAACUUCUCAUUCGACGCUGUGAUGGAAUUGUGUAGAUCGAAUGACAUUGAUCACGACACAUUCCUUGCAGUGUAUAACCGGUAUCAAUCUUACUUCUCACAGCGAGCAGCUUAUAUUGAAGCAAUCAAACAUGACAACCUUGUCGUGGUGAAGACUCUGUUGCACCAGAGGGAACCCGUGGCAUUCGAUCGCGACUUUGGUGUGCUCAGCAAUGCAACCUUGGCCCCAAACUUCACCGUGCUCAAGUAUCUCUUGGACUCUGGCCUGUUCAACAACAACGAGCUAUGGGACAACAUCAAUCAUUCUUGGGACUCGGUGUUCAAGACAUCAUCGUCAUCCAUCAGGUUCCUACUCGACCCUCACAACAACUUCCCUCAGCCACUCGUUGAUGCGAUCAAGAAACAUGCGACUAGCUGUGUCAAGUCGGUUAUGGCUACAGGUGAUCUACAGUUGGUCAAUGAACUGUUGUUCAAGGAUGAUGGAACAGUCAAGCUGUUUGAUGAUCCGAUCACAACAUAUAUGAUCAUACCUGGUAUCACACCUGCUGAGCAACUGGCACACUUUAAACGCAUGCUCCCGCCCCACGAAUGGAUUGAAGAGGUCGCACGGGAGAAGAUGGCCAAAUAUGCAUACCCAGAUUCAACUCACGACUUUAUGACGGAGCGAGACAUGGACCCAUCACGCUAUAUCAAAGACGACUUUGAUGUAGAACAGAUGAUGGUCUUUCUCAAACUUGGAGAACUCGAAAUUGAUUGGGCUUCUGAUCCCAAUGCGAUCGAGCUCACUCACUACAUGGUGUACGAAUACAUUAAGACGGGUGACUGCAAGCUCAUCCCAUACUUUAUCACUGGCCCAUCAUGGUAUACGUUGAGAAACUUCAAAGUCGAUGUUUCAAGACUCUAUUCAAUGAUCCUCCAACAUGGAAACUUGGCCCAAGCUAUGAUGGCCACAUCUUUCUUCGACACGCUCCAGCGAACUAAUGUCGUUCAGACCUUGGGGCAGAUCAGGAGCAGGUUCAUGGUACCCUUGUGGAUGCCCUUUCUCAAAGCUGACGACAUGACACAUAGUUUCGAGAUCAUCAAGUAUUUCAACUCCAGGAAUAUCGUGUCCACUAGUAAUAAUGUCGAUCAAACAAUCAAUGUAUUCCGCGGCACCACUCAGAUGUUGGACUUCUUCUUAUCGAAUGACAACAAGAUGUUUCUAAAGCAUGUUGUGAUGGAUAGCCUUAUCCUUGGACUUGAUCACAUUGAUCAACUUGUCAAGUCCAUUCACUCAUUCAAUGGAAUCAGUGUGAGUGAUGUUGUACCAAUGUUACAACUUGCUUCAAUAUAUGGACGCAUGGACCUGGUAUCAGUCAUCACCAAUGUCAUCAACACACCAACAAAUAACGAUAUGAUCAAGAAUGAAUUGAUCCCUAGCAUUGUGGCCAUUGCCCCACUGGAGGUCGUCAAGUGGAUGGCACAACAAAGAUUGAUCGAUGCCAAGAUGGUGGCUCAACAGAUUGGAGAGCGUGGCGACUGUGAGAUGUUUGAGUGUGUUCUCGAGCAUGAAACCAGCGAAAACAGUGAGAGCAUUGUUUGUUCAAUCCUGAAGCAUGCCAUCACCAAACAUCAAGUCAAACUAGUCAAACAUAUCUAUGGACACAAACUGAAGGUGAAUGGAAGUCAAUACAUGGAUGCAGUCACUUGUGGCAAUAUAGAGAUGUUGGAAUUACUCUGGAGUUUAGAUCAUCCCAUAUCCGAUGUAAAUCAACUCAAACAAAUGGUCCAGGAAUCUGCAAAUAAUGGACAUCACGAGACAAUUACAUGGCUAUUCAAUCGGAUGUCUUGA